ACCCAGAGUACUAUCGCAAUUUUGCUCUGUGAACGAAACUGUCACUGUCAAAGUUGUCAAAAUAAGGCGCUAAAGUUGAGCUUUUGCGUUAAAAUCUUUUGUUUUGUUUACUAAAUAACGUUGCUAUUCCUUAAAAAUGGAAGAAAUAAGCAAAAGAGUGCCGUGCAGAGAUAAACAGUUACAGAUUCUGUUCGAUCUGUUUGGUGAUUACGACGAGCCACUACCGUGUUCGGUGUUCGCAAGUGGAUGCAUGUCUACCGGCAAGAGUUUGUGUAUCCAGUCGGUGCUGCGGCAUUUAGGCUACAAGCAUGUCAUCAUCAACUGCAUAGAAUGCUACGCGCCCAAGAUCAUGUACGAGAGCAUCCUGAGCGGCCUCGGGACCGACUACGAAGCCGAGGUAGGAAUCAAGUGCGACUCUCUCAAAGACCUCAUCCAUGGCCUUAAUUUGUUAGGGCAGACGCAAAUAAACUAUGAGCCAGUCGUUAUAGUUAUAGACAAGGCUGAGAGACUGAGGACUAUGGAUCAGAGCAUCAUAAGUGCACUGUUGAGGCUCCGGGAGCUCUGUAACCUAAAUAUCUGCACUGUGUUCAUUACACAUUUAGUUUUUGAUCAAUUCUACUUCAAAAUGGGUGUAAGAGAACCUAUAAAGUUAUACUUCCCAAACUACAACAAAGAAGAACUGUUCAAAAUCAUAUUCUUGCAUCAGAGUACAUUUGUUCAGUACAUUUUAAAUGAUAUUGAUGUGGGUGAUAAAGUUAAGGAAGAACUUGAGAAGCCAGAGUUGUUUGCCAACUUCCUGAAUGCUUUUCUGAGUGUUUUCUACAGACCUUGUCGAGACCUCAUUGAGCUGCAACACAUGGCUCGGGUCAACUUUGUAAAAUACUGUGAACCAAUAGUGAAGGGAGACAUCCAAGCACAGGACCUCACUCGCCUGUGGAGGCACAUAUCUCCCAUACUGAAAACAAGCUUAGAACUUCUGUACCUCAGAAUCAGUUCAUCAAAGCCACAAACACAAUCCCCGGGGAAGGAGAACAGUGACUGGGAGACCGCGCCUGCAUACAACUUUGAGAACACAUUGAAAGAAGAACUCACUUCAACAAAAACAUUUGCUCAAAGCUUUGAGUUACCAUACUAUGCCAAGUACCUCCUUAUAGCUGCCUAUCUAGCCAGCUACAACCCACCAAAGGAAGACAAAAGACUGUUCAUGAAACAUCAUGGGAAGCAGCGGAAGAGACUGCAGCAAGUCCGAGCAAAAGCCAAGAUAAGUGAGAAGCUAAACACACAGCUUGGCCCUAAAAUGUUUACUUUAGAUAGGUUACUGGCAAUAUUCUAUGCUAUAUUGGAAGAAAAGAUUGGCCUAACAAGUAACCUUCUGGCCCAAAUAGCUACAUUAGUUGAGCUGAAGUUGAUUGCGGGUAGCAAAGAAAUUGAUUUGGACACAGCAAAAUACAAGUGCAUUGUUGGUUACGACUUCAUUGCAGCUGUGGCACAGACUGUCGGAUUUAAUGUGAGGAAGUAUCUGUAUGAUUUUAUGUGAAAAGUGUAAACUAUAAGACUGUGUAAAAGCUGGCUGUUUACAAAAUGUGAGUCAAACUGUGUUUUUUAUUUAUUAAUCAAAAUUGUGUUCAAUAAAUCAUAUUGAUAUAGCAAA